AUGUCCGACAAGCCGCAGACUCCCAACGACGAAAUCCAACUUCAGUCAAACUCCGCCGACACUGAGAUGGGCAAGGACAAGGAUCUACUGUCACCAGAAGAUGGGUCAAGCUCCAAGAAAGGCCGUGGGCUCCUCCAAGUUCCCUCGAGAUCAUCGUCACAGCGGAACCAAUCGUCACCAACAUCUACGGGUUUGAGUGGGGCGACCGUCAGCGACCCCCGGAACAGCAUCGGAAGCCGAUCGAAAGACUCCAAAGGUAGCCUCCGGGGGCGACGACGGAAUGGAAGCACGUCUAGCAACCGGACUGGCGGCGAAACCGAACCCACAAACACCCCUGUAAACACCCAGCCAAGCUCUCCCGUUGCUCCCCCCCAGAAGAAGAAGAGAGGUGGUCUGCUCUCGUUCCUUGGAUGUUGCGUCACACCCGAGGGCCCCAACGGCGGCGAGGAAAACAACGAAAACGUGCACAAGCUGGACAAACUGCCUCAGCGGCCAACAUCUGCUAGGUCGCGAACCAACACUCCCCAGGAGCAGCCCAAGCCAGCUCCUGAGAAAGAAGCCCAACCAGCCGCCCCCACACUAGAGCCCAAGGACGAGCCUACUUCAUCUGGCAGCACCAACGACGAGAUUACAGUGGCAGAGCGAGAAAACAGGGAGUCGAAGCAAUCGAUUCCCCCCGCCGUCACGGUGGAGCCACCCAAGCCAUCUCCAGCAGACGAGGAGCCCAAGGAGCAAGGCAACAAGACGACCGACACCGGUGACGUUGAUAUGCGAGAUGCUCCCGUCGAUGAGGCCGAAGAAGUGCAGGUAGCCCCUGCAGCCGAAGAACCACCCCAAAGCACGAUACCUCCUCCACCUCCACCCCCAGGUCCGGGUCCCUCUGCCGUGGCACCCGUUCCAUUCCCCGAAGGCCCAUCGGCGCCCGAGCCGCAGAAGUGGUUGCUUCCCCCGAUUGCGCCCGAGCACAAGGGCCGGAAAUGUCUGGUUCUUGACCUAGACGAAACUCUGGUCCAUAGCUCCUUUAAGAUUCUGCAUCAGGCCGACUUCACCAUCCCUGUCGAGAUUGAGGGUAACUACCACAACGUCUAUGUGAUAAAGCGACCAGGCGUCGAUGAGUUCAUGAAGCGAGUUGGCGAGCUGUACGAGGUUGUAGUGUUCACAGCGUCUGUCUCUAAGUAUGGAGACCCUUUGCUGGACCAGCUCGACAUCCACAAAGUCGUCCACCACAGACUCUUCCGAGAGAGCUGCUAUAACCACCAAGGCAACUAUGUCAAGGAUCUCUCUCAAGUCGGACGAGAUCUCAAGGAUACCAUCAUCAUUGACAACUCACCAACGUCAUACAUCUUCCACCCCCAACACGCAGUUCCUAUCAGCAGUUGGUUCUCCGAUGCUCACGAUAACGAGCUAUUAGACUUGAUACCCGUUCUUGAAGACCUGGCUGGCCCCAACGUGGCCGAUGUCAGCCUUGUCCUCGACGUCACUCUCUAA